UGGCGCCCGCCCGGAGGCGGUUUUUCCACUGGCUGGCGUGAACCAUCCAUCUCACGGGUUCUGCCUCUUUUCUGGAGUUAAACUUUUCUGAAGACACCACCAGCCCCAGGCCCUGCUAGUCUCUCCGGAGCAGAAGCAAAGCGGGAGGGAGCCCGCCGAGGGCACGGGCUGGCCCAUGCCCGGGAGCUCCAAUGUCCUCAGGUCACUUGGAGAGCCCAGCUCCGUGGAGGCCAAGGCCACCGGUGCCCGCAGCUGACCCCAGCAUUCCUAAGAGGAGAGCAAGGACCAGAUGACUUAUCCUCUUUCCACAGAUGAGGACACUGAGGUCCAGAGAAAGGUCAUUAAGUGUGCUGAGAGCCAGCAUCUCCUAAACCAGUCCAGAGCCUGAGGUCUCCAACAUGAGAAGCACCAGGCCAGCCACUGCAGGGGAUCAAAUGGCAAGACUGUGCCCUGCCUUCAGGGGCCCGUAGCCUGUGAGCUUUCCUAGUCCCACCAGGAGCCACUGUCCCAGUGUCCUGCUGCCUCCACCCUUGCCAUCGGUCCCCCAGCUGACCCGUCACCAUGGCAGCCCUGAUCGCAGAGAACUUCCGCUUCCUAUCACUAUUCUUCAAGAGCAAGGAUGUGAUGAUUUUCAACGGGCUGGUGGCACUGGGCACGGUGGGCAGCCAGGAGCUGUUCAGUGUGGUGGCUUUCCACUGCCCUUGCUCACCAGCCCGAAACUACCUGUAUGGGCUGACAGCCAUCGGUGUGCCCGCCCUGGUGCUCUUCCUCAUCGGCGUCAUCCUCAACAACCACACCUGGAACCUGGUUGCCGAGUGCCAGUACCGGAGGACCAAAAACUGCUCGGCCGCCCCCAACUUCCUCCUUCUAAGCUCCAUUGUGGGCCGCGCAGCCGUGGCCCCCAUCACCUGGUCUGUCAUCUCUCUGCUGCGCGGUGAGGCCUAUGUCUGUGCUCUCAGCGAAUUCGUGGACCCCUCUUCGCUCACAGCUGGGGAAGACAGUUUCCCACUGGGCCAGGCCACAGAAAUCCUGGCCAGGUUCCCGUGUGGGGAGGGCCCUGCCCACCUGUCAGAUUCCCGGGAAGAGGUCAGCCGCAGGCUCAAGUACGAGUCCCAGCUCUUCGGGUGGCUGCUCAUCGGUGUGGUGGCCAUCCUGGUGUUCCUGACCAAGUGCCUCAAGCACUACUGCUCACCACUCAGCUACCUCCAGGAGGCCUACUGGGCGCAGUACCGGGCCAACGAGGACCAGCUCUUCCAGCGCACGGCCGAGAUGCACUCACGGGUGCUGGCUGCCAACAACGUGCACCGCUUCUUCGGCUUCGUGGCACUCAACGAGGAUGACGAGAAGCUGGUUGCCAAGUUCCCGGUGGAAGGCACACAGCCACGGCCACAGUGGAACGCCAUCACCGGCGUCUAUUUGUACCGCGAGAACCAGGGCCUUCCACUCUACAGCCGCCUGCACAAGUGGGCCCAGGGUCUGGCGGGCAACGGCACGGCCCAAGACAACAUAGAGAUGGCCCCGCUCGCCUCCUAAGGGUCCUGUUCCCACACUCUUUGCCAAUGACACUACCUGGUCCCAAACAAAACCCCAUGGUCUGUUCACAUCAGCAUCAGAGGGGAAUUUUUUUUUAGGGGGUGGGGUGGGGCGCUUUGUGGGAUCUUAGUUCCCCAACCAGGGACUAAACCUGCACCCUCGGCAGUGAAAGUGCGGAGUCCCAACUACCUGACUGCUAGGGAAUUCCCCAGAGGGGAUUUUUUUUUUUUUUUUUUUAACCAUAGCUUUUGGGGGAAACAGACCAGGAAAAAGGAACACAAAGUAAAACUGGGGAACAGAUGUGAGAGCUAGUAGACAACAUGGUCAGCUCUGGCAGGAAGGCUCUCAGACCUGAAGAAAUUCCUUCUCCUGUUGCCACCAGCCACAUGGUCAACAGCUUUGGAGAAAAGACCCUUUCCCAGAACUGGUCCUUAAUUAACCAUGAUGUGGAUGACCUUCGACUGGUAGGACCCAGUCCCACCGGUCUGGGAAGCCCCGGACAGCAGAGCCAGGUGACAAUGAAACUCACCAGCAGGCUCCUUGUGCAGAACAUUGUGUGUAACUGCAUAUGGACACCUGGCCCGGUGCUGCUCAGCUGGGAAGCAGCCCCCAAUGUACGCCUCUAGCUUUAUUUUCUAUAAAUUCUUGAUAAAGCUUUUCUUAGUAUAAA